AUGACUCUCGCUACCCUGUCGAAGCUCUUCACGGCCGCAACGCUCGGCGGCAAGAAAUCCCCCAUCGAACUCAAGCAUCGCGUCGUGAUGUCGCCCAUGACUCGUCUCCGCAUGGGUGACGACGGCGUCCCCGGCCCUGUGGUCGUCGAGUUUUACACGCAGCGCGCCAGUGACGGCGGUCUUCUCAUCACGGAGGGCACGAACAUCAGCGCCACGGCUCGUGGAUACUACGGAGCCCCUGGCAUCUUCAACGAAGCCCAAGUCGAGGGCUGGAAGGCAGUCAUGGAGAAGGUCCUCGCCAAGGGCGGCAAAAUCUUCGUGCAGCUGUGGCACACUGGACGUGUGGGCCACCCGCUCGACCAGCCAAACGGGGAGCUGCCCGUUUGCUCCAGUGCGGUCAGCAUGGAAGGCGUCCACAGUCUCGCCCCGACACGUGAGGGCCGUCUGCCGCACCCGGUGCCGCGUGCCCUGGAGACGGACGAGAUCGCCGGUAUCGUUGCGGACUACAAGUCGGCAGCUCUGAAGGCACUGGAAGCUGGCUUUGACGGGGUGGAGCUUCACUGCGCCAACAGCUACCUGAUGGAGCAGUUCCUGUGUGACUCGAUCAACAAGCGCACUGAUCAGUACGGAGCCAGUGUUGAGAACCGUGCCCGUAUCCUCUUCGAGGCACUUGAAGCUGUUCUGUCUGGUGUGGACUCGAGCAAGGUUGGUAUCCGUAUCUCGCCCUACGGAACCGCUUUCGGCUGCACGGACUCCGCCCCGGGCGAGCUGUUCGGCUACGUCAUCGAGAAGCUGAACGACUAUGACCUGGCCUACCUCCACUUGGUCGAGCCUCGCGGAAUCCAGGCGCCCGCGCCUGAUGCACCUGAAGGCGGCGUGCUUCCGAUCUUCCGCAAGAUCUACAAGGGCUUCAUCAUCACAGCGUCGGGAUACGACCGUGAGGAGGCCAUUAAGGUCGUCGAGGAAGGGGCUGCGGGCUGCGUGGCUUUCGCGCGCGACUUCAUCUCGAACCCUGACCUCGUGGAACGCCUCAAGAUUGGUGCCGAGCUGAACACGCGCAACAAUCAGACGGCUUACCUGCCGCUCGGUGUCCCCUUCGAGACGGGCUACACGGACUACCCGUUCCUGGCGGACAGCAAGAAAGAGUAG